AUGAUACCAAAUCUUCGUGGAGCAUCACCCUUAUCAGAAGCGAUGUCGGACACGACUCUAGAGAGAAAUAGGGGAGAAAAGGCGUUAUUAACUAAAACGCCCUCUCAAAGCCAAGUAUUUUUACACAAAACAACUACAAACAUGAUGAAAAACUACUCCGAUAAGAACGGAAACGAUGUGACGAAGUCUGUUCAUAAGGGACGAAGAACUUUCGCGUUUUGGACAAUCGUUUGCUUGUUAUUUAUCUUGGCGAUCGGAAAUUUAGUACUGACUUUUACGAUACUCGCAGUUUUGAGGCUUGGACAAGGCCUUGAAAGUAUGGAAUUUCUCUCCGAGCACAAAGCCAUCAAAUUCUUUGGAUUGACAGAUUUAGACCACAUUUAUAAGAAGGACGGGAUAAUCGACAGCUUUAGUGAUACUCCUAUGAGUAUUGUGAGUGAAAAUGGUUCUGUGCUGUUUAAUUUACAGACAAGACUAUCCCGUUCAGAUACAAAGCUGGUGGUGAACACAUCAGGAGUCUUCGUAAAGGGGGUGAACUCGCUCGAGCUGACCGACCCUGACUCAGGCGAGCGGGUGUUCAGUACGGCCAGCCCUGAGAUUACCAUUUCAGAGAGUGUUAACAGUUUGAGCGCUAAGCAAGUAUCAACAAAACGCAUCUCCUCGCCAGUGGAUGAGGACCUGACCUUCCGUUCAGAGACCUCAGCUUAUCUACGUGGAGCUGAAGGCACCCACAUGGAAUCCAAGGAGCUGUUCUGGAGUGCCGACCAAGAUAUCUACUUGAAGUCCAUCAACGGCUCAGUAGUCUUAAGCGGGAAGGAGGGGGUCUUCAUAGAUGUCAGAUAUUUACCCAUAGCUAUACCAUUGAAUAAUGAGAAAUUUUACGGCGCGAGCCAGUUCAAGGUGUGUGUGUGUAUGCCUCAGGGGAAGUUAUUUCGGAUAGCUGUACCUAACGGACAGAAGGUUACCUGUUCCCAUGUCAAUAUGACCGGAGAGCUUAAUCCGUGUGUUUAAUAAAUUUUCAUAUAUUAAAUUAUGAUUAUAUAGACUUUUAUACAGAGUGAUGCAAA